AUGGAAGAAAUAAAUAAAACUGCAAAGAUACAAUUCUUCUUUCGUCCAUUCUCAGCUGACCCAAAGGUACAGGUGGUGAUUUUUGUGGCCUUCCUGGUGAUGUACCUGACCAGCCUCAGUGGAAAUGCCAUCAUUGCAGUUAUUGUCAAGAUCAACCACUCUCUCCACAUCCCCAUGUACUUUUUCCUGGCCAACUUGGCAGUUCUGGAGAUCUUCUAUACAUCUUCCAUCGCCCCACUGGCCUUGGCAAACCUUCUUUCAAUGGGCAAAACUCCUGUUUCUAUUACUGGAUGUGGCACCCAAAUGUUUUUCUUUGUCUUCUUGGGUGGGGUUGAUUGUGUCCUGCUUGCAGUCAUGGCUUAUGACAGGUUUAUAGCAAUCUGCUACCCUCUACGAUACACCCUCAUCAUGAGCUGGCCCUUGUGCGUGGAGUUGAUGGUAGGAUCCCUGGUACUGGGGUUCCUGCUGUCACUACCACUGACUAUUUUAAUCUUCCAUCUCCCAUUCUGCAACAACAGUGAAAUCUACCACUUCUACUGUGACAUGCCUGCCGUCAUGCGCCUGGCUUGUGCAGACACGCACGUUCACCAAACUGCUCUGUAUAUCAUCAGCUUCAUCGUCCUAAGCAUCCCCCUCUCAGUGAUCUCCAUCUCCUACGUCUUCAUCGUGGUAGCCAUUUUACAGAUUCAGUCAGCAGAAGGGCACCACCGAGCCUUCUCCACCUGCUCCUCUCACAUCUUAGUGGUCUUCCUGCAGUAUGGCUGCACCAGCUUUAUAUACUUGUCCCCCAGUUCCAGCUACUCUCCUGAGAUGGACCGGGUGGUGUCUGUGGUCUACACUUUUAUCACUCCCAUUUUAAACCCCUUGAUCUAUAGUAUGAGGAACAAGGAAUUGAAAGAUGCCCUAAGGAGGGCACUAAGCAAGUUCUAG